CAUUUUUUUAGGAUUUUCAGUAGCAUUAACAAAGUAUACCAAUGUUUUGAGGCUUAAGCUGAUUACAAAUUGAAAUCUGAAUACUAUACAAGUAUUACAACUGCAAUUUUGUUUUCUGCACUCUGUAGGUUUUUAGAAACUGUAAAUUUCAUUGAUUUGCCUCACAAAAUCGAAGGCCGUUUUUCACUUUACCAAAUACCUACUCAGUGUUUAAUUUUGUUGUUAAAUUAUUUUAACUCAAAUUCCACAACAUAUUAAUCAAACAUGGUGGCGUUCCUAGAGCUGUGUCGCAAAUAUUUCAAUACCGACAAUCUUUAUGACGUGUUGAACACGAACAAAAAAGCUACAGACAAGGAAGUACGUAAAGCAUACUACGUGCUAUCCAUGAAAUUUCAUCCAGACAAGGUAGCCGAGAAUGAAAAAACAGAAGCUACUGAAAAAUUUAAAAUUAUAAGUCAAAUUCAUGCGUUACUUGCUGAUACUGAAAAAAGAAAGCUAUAUGAUGAUACAGGAUGUAUUGGUGAUGAUAUCGACCCCAAUACUACUGAAGAUGAUUUCCCAUGGGAUACAUAUUGGCGUUCAAUAUUUAGGAAAAUUACAGACGAUGAUAUCAGAGAGUUUGAAAAGAGCUUUAAAGGAUCUGAUGAUGAAAAGCGAGACCUUAAGAAAGGAUACCUGGCUGGAAAAGGAGAUAUGAGUUUUAUUAUAAACAUGGUACCAUUUAGCUCGGUACACGAAGAAGAUCGCCUUAGAGAAAUAUUAGACAAAAUAAUUGAAGAAGAAAAUUUGCCAAAAUAUGAAGCGUACACUAAUGAGCCACCUGCGAAAAAGAAACGGCGUUUAGCAAAGGCAAAAAGACAGGAAGUAGAAUUUGAAGAAAUGCAAAAGGAAUUGAAAAAAGAGCAAGAAAAUAAGACUGGUGAAACUGAUUUGAUAUUAGCAAUUCAAAAACGAAGAGCAGAGCGUGAGGGUCAAAUGGAUGAUUUCAUAUCUAGAAUGGAAGCUAAAUAUUGCAAAUCUGAACCUAAAAAAGCAAAAAAGAGCACUAAAAAGAAAUAAAAAAUAAUGUGUAUUUAUUUAAAAAAAUUAAACUGUCUAAACAUGUAUUAAUAUUGUUAUAAUUUAUUUUUAAUUUAACAAUACUCAAUUUAUAUACCUAAUAUAUGUAAAUGUGGACAUAUUUCUUAAAUAAGAAAGAACAAAUUUUACUU